GACCUCAUCUCCAGUGACAGUCUGAAUGUCCCUUCUGAGGAGGAGGUGUAUCGGGCUGUCCUGAACUGGGUCAAACAUGAUGUGGAUGGUCGAAGACAGCACGUUCCCCGGUUGAUGAAGUGUGUGCGGCUCCCCUUGCUGAGCAGGGAUUUCUUGAUGAGCAGCGUAGACACAGAGCUUCUUGUACGUCAUCAUUCGGAGUGCAAAGACCUUUUGAUUGAGGCGCUGAAGUACCACCUGAUGCCAGAACAGCGGGGGGUUCUCAGUAACAGUCGAACCAGACCAAGACGCUGCGAGGGAGCCAGCACCGUCCUCUUUGCAGUAGGUGGUGGCAGUCUCUUUGCUAUACAUGGUGACUGUGAAGCGUAUGAUACCCGCACUGACCGCUGGCACAUGGUAGCCUCCAUGUCUACAAGACGAGCCCGAGUGGGAGUAGCAGCUAUCGGAAAUAAACUUUAUGCAGUGGGUGGGUAUGAUGGAACGUCCGAUCUUGCCACAGUAGAGUCAUAUGACCCUGUGACAAACACUUGGCAGCCAGAGGUUUCCAUGGGAACCCGACGUAGUUGUCUUGGUGUGGCGGUACUUCAUGGACUGUUGUAUGCUGCAGGUGGAUAUGAUGGCGCUUCUUGCUUAAACAGUGCAGAGCGAUAUGACCCCCUCACAGGCACAUGGACAUCUAUCGCUGCUAUGAGCACUAGACGUAGAUAUGUCAGAGUGGCAACACUAGAUGGUAACCUUUAUGCAGUCGGGGGAUAUGACAGUUCUUCUCACUUGGCCACGGUGGAAAAAUAUGAGCCUCAGAUAAACACAUGGACUCCAAUUGCCAACAUGUUAAGCCGCCGUAGCAGCGCUGGUGUGGCCGUGCUAGAGGGAAUGUUAUAUGUAGCUGGGGGAAAUGAUGGCACAAGCUGCCUAAAUUCUGUGGAAAGAUAUAACCCAAAAGCUAACACAUGGGAGAGCGUGGCCCCAAUGAACAUUAGGAGGAGCACUCAUGAUCUGGUGGCAAUGGAUGGGUGGCUUUAUGCAGUAGGAGGCAAUGAUGGAAGCUCAAGCCUGAACUCCAUUGAGAAGUACAACCCACGUACCAACAAGUGGGUAGCAGCAUCCUGUAUGUUCACCCGAAGGAGCAGCGUAGGAGUAGCAGUUUUAGAACUUCUCAAUUUUCCUCCUCCAUCGUCCCCUACUCUCUCUGUCUCCUCAACCAGCCUCUGACAAAGAAUCAGGUCCUUCACAUCAAGGAGAAGCCCCCACUGUAUGUUGUAAAUUAAAUUGAUCCUUUGGAGAAAAAUACUACAUUAUCACUUCUGUGGGGCUUCUUCCUGGGACAUGCCAUUUGUCCAUGUAACCUCUUCACUGCUAGAAAGGCCUGCAUCCCAUUGCAAAGAUACCUCUUUGCCAUUUAAAAACAUGACUUUAUCUAAGACCAAUCUGAUAUCGGGGUUAACUUUAAAAGAUUUCCCUGAAAGUGGUCUGGAAAUUGCAUCUCAUUACUCCGUAGCAGAAGACAUCAGGGAAGACGGUGAUCUUUGCUCUCCUCUUUGCACUGUGCAGGUCCCUCAAGCAGGAAAGGAGCAUUACAAUGAAAAACCGAAGUCUUCUGCCUUUGAAGCAAUCAAUGACUCCAGGACCAUCUGUCACGAAAUGUCCCCCUUAAUAUACAAAUAGACAAAGGAUCGUUGCGUGCAGUUGGGAUAUGAAUAUUAAUAUGACUGCCUCUCAGAAAUCCUGGAAAUAGGCACAUGCACAUAAGGUCCCCCCUGCCUACUGUUGCACUGUUUGCUCAGAAGAGUACCAACCUUGGCAUUGAUGCAAGCUUAGAAGUGGUAGUACAAUACAGAGUCCUCAAGCCCUGGAUUACAUGGUCUCAAUUGACUUCUGCUGGAAAUAUAAGAAACUGUUGACAUCCUCAGAAUUAAAGGGAGCUUCCAUAAUAUCUCUCCAUUUACCUCAAAACAUUUACAGAAUAUUGAGAAGUUGUUGAGAAACUGAAUGAAUGAAAGAAACCCCAAAACUGCCCUGUUUAAAUGUAUUGUUCUAUUAGAAGGGAUGUGCACCUAUGGUCAUAUCCACCUCAGAACCUGAAGGUGAACUAACUGCUUUCUGUUAGACAUAUGGUAUCUAGUGGGAAUGAGCAAACUUCUGUUUUUAAGUUCGGCGUACAAGGUUCAGGUUAUCUAAGAAUUUCGUUAUGGAUUCUGCUACCGCAGACCUUAACUUAUGGUCCGUGGUAGCGGAAUCCAUAACGGAACUUUUUAGAUAACCCGAACCUUGUACUUCAAACUCAAAAACAGUUCGCUCAUCCCUAGUAUCUAGUCUAAAGAAGAUCUAGUUCCUAAUAUUGGCCAUGCACAUAAGAUGAACACGUUGACAUGUUCAGAGGCUGGAGCUGGCAGAGCUUUUCUCCCAGGAGAGAAAAAGGAUUGGGUAUGUUGAAAUACAGCAUGUUGACAUGGCCAAUUACUCAUCCAGAAAUCAACGCUGUUCGUCAACAUUUGUCUAAUUUGUAUGGCCAGCUUAAGUGAGACUAUGUAGUUUACUUUUGGCCAUGUGGGUGGAAGCAGCCAAAGGUUAGCAUCCUCUUCAGUGACUGAGUGAAUGACUAACUGGGUGCAAAUAUGCAGUAUAUAUUUUAGCAACACAUUGGAUAUAAGCUUUGACCAACCCAGUUUAUAUUGCCUUGUGAACAGUGGUGUGAGCAGCUUGAAAGUAUGCCUGCCUGCCUACCAGCCAUGAUGGUUGGGUUUUUGGCACUUGGUUCAAGAGUUGAAAGGCAAACAGUAACUUUCACCCUAUCCCAUAACCAUAUAACACUAUAGAACUGACUUCAUGAUGGUUGAGGGUAAAUCAUUAUGAGUACUUUGUGAAAAAAAAUGUUGAUAGGUCAUGAGGAUAGCUCAUUAAUAUCGUCAGUCAUCAAUAUCAGAUAAGAGGGGUCUGGCACCCCCUAUGAUCAGCUUUUUCAGGCUGCCACUGUGCUGGAGACUAUAGUGUAUAGAGCAGAAGUAGUAGGCUUCAUACACUGUGUAAUUUCUGGUGCUGAUGUACUUGAAUGGGAGCUGAGCUGCAGUGCCCCAGCACACCCACUACAUAGUGUAUAGAGCCAUUUGCCUCCUGCUCUGUACACUGUAUAGUAAGAUACUCAAUGUACAGAGCCUGCUGCUUCUGCCAUGUACACCAUAGCAGCCCAAAACAGCUGAUCGUGGAGGUGUUUGAUCAUGGACCCCAAAGAUGUGAUAUUGAUGACCUAUCCUGAGGAUCUGUCCUCAAUAUCUGUAGUCCAGAAAACUCCAUUAAUGAGAUUGUUCGUUCACGUACAGUUUCAUUUCACACAGGGUGAUGUGGUUAGUUUAGGACCCUCAUAAAUGGGUUGAGGAUGGGAACAAUUAUUGGAAACGCUUGCUCUCCUAGUAGUAAUCAUUGCCCCCCAUACAGAGGGUUUGAUUUUGCUGCACGUAAUUACAGCUGAACGAUCGGGCAAUGAUCAGGAACAAAAUAGUUUAUUGACGAUUGUUGCCCUGUGCAGCGGCCCAUGCAAAUUGGUCCUUAAUGUCCACAUAAAAAGACCUGAUCGGCUGAUAAGUUAGCUAAUAGGCGGAAGCAAUUGUUUGCCUGAUCAUCGGCCUGUGUAAAUGGGACUUAAGUGGUACUAGAGGUGUCCCCUGCUUUUUUGUUGAGCAUGGAUGGGUGAGAGCCAGGUGAAGGCUAGCUAAUAUCCAUUGCCUAAUUGACAGCUCUAUAUGACUGCACUUCUGCACCUUCUCAGUAAGUCAUGCUGGAUUGUCAUGUAGCAGAUGUUUCUCCUGAAUGCUAAUGUCUUAUCUCCAUUUUCUACUCUGCACAAUCUGCACAUUUGCUAUUCCAGGUGCUUCUAACUUACACUACUAAGAACCACUCUCUGCCAUAGAUUAUUGUAUAUAUGGUUACCAUGAAAUGUUGCACUUCCUCAUGAACAUAAGUCUAUUUUUAACUAUUUAUAGAAAAAAAAGUUAAUUAUUUCUUCUAUAUUUAUUUAUGCAUCUCAUGCGACUUCUGCACUAAGUAUUUCUGUGUAGUUGUUUUCUGGACCAGGAUUCUCCCUAACAGCACAUUUCCACAUGUCCUCUCUUAUAGCUCAUACAGUUUGCACGUCUUCCGAAACAGAUUUUCAUUGUAGUGAGUGGCAUGCCUUUCCCACAAUACACCUCUUCACCGCUUGGCAUCUCAAGUGCUUUCAACAACUUUGAAGAUCAUUGCGCAGACACAAUGCAGGUCUCCCAUACAUGAGUGACCACUUGGAGCUCGGUCUUUCAGCAAUGUAGUAAUGGCCUGUUGUCUGUUGUUUUUUCUCUCACUUGGGAUGCCGUUGCCAUUCAUUGUAGAGGAGAAUCCAACAACAUACGACCAAUUUGUAGGAACACGUCUGCUUAACAAUGCUAUAAUGAGAUGACUUACCUUUAUCAAGUCACAUUAAUACAGUAUGUACUGCUGGUUACAAUGUAACCAGCUGAAUGGAAAACUAGGUUCGUAAGAGUCUUCAACAAGUAGUCAGAUCUUGUGGCUGUGUUCACAUGAUGCAGCCACAACACAGUCAAAGCCACACAAAUGCUAGUCGGCGAGGUUUUUAAAUUCAAUGCAGUUGAAAGCAGUUUGAGAAUGGUUGUGCGGUAUUGCAGGCAUUAGCUGCAGGCGGGUGCUUUUUUUUUUUACUGCAAUAUAUGAACACAGCUUUAAAGCGGUUUUCCAGCUUCAACUCCAGUUUUAGCUAGAGCAAGGACAGCACUUUACCUGAAGUAAAAAUAAUAAUAAUAAAAAAAGGCGUUCACCUGCUCCCUUUUGUUUCAUUUUAGCGUCAAGGGUCCAGCUGCUUCUGGUCCCCGCGUGUAGACUCCUGGAUAGGGUGACAUGUGCCUCUGCUGCCAAUCGCUGGCCUCAAGGGUGACAUGCCUCAUUGCGUAACAUGUCACCACUGAGGCCAGUGACGGCGCAUGUGACCUUGUUCAGACAUUUACACCUAGGGGACAUGAAGAGGCUGGAUCCUCUGUGCUGGAACAGAACGGUUCGGAGAAGAUGAGUGUUGUUUUUACUUUAGGUACAGUGCUGUAUAGACCCUCACUAAAAUUGGGGUUGAAGCUGGAAAACCCCUCUAAGCUAAUUUAUUAUUUGCACAUGCCAAGGAAGGGUUUAAUAGAGUACAUAGGAUCUGUAUGAGACCACUCUAGAGCCGGGGGGUAUACAUGGUAAAUGUAGGGUCUCAUGACUUGUGGCACAUCCCCAUUAACUUGUUGUCUACUGCUGCAGACCAAAAUUUGUGAACUAACGAGUGAAAGCUCAUUAAAUGUCCAUUCAGAUAGGAGGAACAAAGCUAUGGGGUGGGCAGAAAUAGCAGUCCCACCUCAGCCCCUGAGUCUCGGGGUUACUGUGUUACAGAGGAGGUACAUAAAUAAAGUGCAGAGUUCCAGCACAAAACUUUCUUGGUCACCCCAUGGAAGAUGACAAAAGUUAAAUCAUAAACAAAACCUACGCGUUUCAAGUGGACACCCUACUCUUAAUCAUGGCAUGCUAAUCCACGUACAGUUUGAAUUCAAUUUAGCAUUUUGUCACUCACUUCUAGUUGGUUAGGUGGGGAUAGGAAUAUCUUCUCACUCUAAGGAUGAUGUUGUUCAUCUUAUGGCAGGGAUGCCC